CUCCGCGUCGUCUGGCCUGGCUCGAACAGCGUUAGCGGCAAAGCGGACAGCCUCCUUGAUGCUCAGAUUGUAUGUCGGGCUGUAGCCCUUCUGGAGGAUCUUGCUCCACAAGCAAAGUGACUGUGCUGCCCACCUCAGAUUGAGGUCGUCCGGUCGCCCGUUGUGAACGAGGGUGCGAGGUCCAGCCCAAGGCAUUGCCAGCUUCAGAGCGUAGCACAAGUCCGCUGUCCGUACCCAACCAUCCCCGCGAGCUCUGCGGUUGCUCUCCCUAGGCGAUAUACACUCGCAUUGCACUAUGUACUGCAAGACCUGCUUGGCCGUUGCUAGCAACACUCUGCUCUUAGCGAGAAGAGACUCUGCAUCGGUCGUCUCGCUUGUCCCUGCGGAUUCCGAGGAGAUAUCCGCCUGCACCACUGGAAGCUCGUCAUCGAAACGGAAACCUUUGCUCCAGUAUGCUCGACUGCUUGUCUGUUCUCGCACUCAGAAGCUUGGCCACAGAGGGCUGAGCUCACAAUGCGCUCCACGUGUGCUCGAUCUUUCUUUGAAAGCGGUUGUCAGUGCUGAAACGUUGUCUUGACCAGGUUCAGCAGGCGUGGCGUGAUCGCUCUGAUAGCCGACG